UCGAAUCAUUUUCGUUCUAUGUAACCAAUUUUGAUUCCUGGAUAUUUUCUAGAAGAAUUGAAUCACAUUGAGGAGAACAGACGAAAGUUUAGCUCAAACGAAAGGAGAGCAGCAGACUUGGAAUCCUCCGUUAGUUUGUAACUUUCUGCACGGUUUGUCGAGAUGUCUUUGGGGACAAUGCGUCAGCUGGGUACUCAGGGGCACGGUACGUUGCUGCGGUCAGUUAUGGCUGCUCAUCGCCAGCCCACCAUGGCGACCCCUGCCAGUCUCGUACAGUACCGUUUGGCGUCGGGAAGGUCCCGUCUUCCUGUCAACACGAUUAUCAACUUUGUUCCCCAUCGGUAUGAGUACAUUGUUGAACGGUUUGGCAAGUUUCACAAGAAAUGUGAUUCGGGUAUCAACGUUCUCCUGCCAUUCUUCGACCACAUCUCCUACGUGCAGAGUAUGAAGGAAAUUGCUGUAGAGAUACCGUCUCAGACUGCCAUCACAACAGACAAUGUGACCAUACACAUUGAUGGUGUUCUGUACUACAAGGUGGUGGACUCGGUUAAAGCAUCGUACGGUGUGGAAGAUGCCAAGUUUGCCAUAUCGCAGCUUGCUCAGACGACGAUGAGAUCUGAGUUGGGUCGCAUGAAUCUUGACACCAUCUUCCAGGAGCGCUCUCAGCUCAAUACUGCUAUUGUUGAGGCCAUCAAUCAUGCUUCCAACGACUGGGGCAUACAAUGCAUGCGUUACGAAAUCCGUGAUAUUUCACUACCCACCAAAGUCAAGGAAGCGAUGCAGGUCCAGGUGGAAGCUGAACGCAUGAAGCGUGCACGCGUGCUCGAGUCUGAAGGUAUUCGUCAAAGUAAGAUCAACGUGUCAGAAGGAGAGAAGCAGUCUCGUAUCCUGCAGUCCGAAGGUCAAAAGCUGCAAGACAUCAAUCUGGCUGAGGGUCAAGCGAAAGCUAUGGAGCGAAUGGCCGUAGCUAGAGCCAGUGCUCUGGAGAGUGUAGCCGAGGCAAUUGUAAAGAAGGCGGGUGACCGCGCUGCCUCUCUCAGCGUAGCAGAGCAGUAUGUGUCUGCGUUCAAGGAGCUGGCCAAGACUAACAACACUCUGAUGCUGCCCAGCAAUACCGGUGACGUUGCCUCCAUGGUUUCUCAGGCCAUGGCUAUUUACGGCCAGAUGGGCAAGACACCAAAUGCUGCUGGACCUUCCACUCCAUCGUCAUCAACGUCCUCACCCCCGGACACUACCAGCAGCGGCAGCAGUGACAGCGACAGCAGCAAUAACACAUCAAGUCAAAAGCCCAGAGACGAAUCUGGACUGAGCGCAACCUCGUCAGCUUUGCCUGCUGUAAGCCGACACCUACCUAGAUCCAGCAUUGGCGAUCCUAAAUCUUUUCACUUCCAAUCCGACCACUACAGACAACAGGAUGGAGCCAAGCAAAGCCGGCAACAGGAGCAGUAAGCGUUAUCGGCCGUCCCAGAUGUACAGUCCUGCUCAAUGAAAUCCAGUCGCGUCACUCAAGUUUGCGUCGUGCACCAUUUCGCAUCCCAGCGUUGGCAGGUCUAGGUCCGCGCAACGCCGGUGCGUACUUGAGCGGCGGCGCGACUGGAUUUCAUUGAGCGGCGGUACUGUAGGUUUCUCACUGUAUCACUGUAUCCAGGUAAAGUGACAUUUGUUGACGAGUGUUUAUCCCCGUCAGAUCCUUUGAAGCGGAAUUGGUUCAUUCGCGAUCCUGUCGUAUCUGCAAUUCUGCACACAUCGGUUAUAUUUUUCUCGGCUUUUUCGCGUUCUGUUGCCGCGAACCAAUCUUGAUGUUGCAUUGGUCGUGGGCUGGUUUAUCUCAGUGGCCGGUCACUGCGUAUGUGCCGAGCUUCUCUUCCAGCCCAAAGGCGUUGUGUCAGUGCUUCAUGUUACUAUGUACUCUCGUAACAAAGGACAGGCGUACUGUAUUCCUGUGUGUAGUGUAUUCCUGAUGCAGGAUUCAAAUUAUUAGCUAAUCCUUGUUCUGUUGAGAACAUGUUGUUUUGUUUACAGCAUGUUACACGUCCUCCGCCUUGUAACAUGUUGUCAACCAAACAGCAGGAUUCAGCGUGUGCACAAAUCUGCUGCUGCUGCUGCUGCUGCUGUGUGUCCAUUCUAGCAUUAUCAUCUUUUGCUUGUUUUCAAUUUCUGGGGAAUAGUCACGGUACGCUGGUACGUACAGUCUAUCCCUGCGUCUUGCGAUUGUUGCGUGAACUUUGCGUUGAUUCGAAGCAGUCAGCAUGUAUUUCCGCUACUAGUAUCUCAUUCGUCAGGCUAUAGAAGUGUGUUCCUCGUAGUUGCAAUGCCAAUGCCGUUCACGAUUGUUGUAUCAGCAACUACAGCAUAUUGUACUGUAGUAUCAAACUAACUUGUUGAUGUACUUCUCACUGACUUCGAAGUAUACUAUACGUGGUAUUAUUGCCGUCACUACAAACUGUUCUUCACUGCAAAUUCGUUUCUGCUUUCCCGCCCUUGCAUUGCGUUUGUAUUCUAUAUUCUGAGCAAGGGAUGCGGCCCUUUUCUGCUUUAGAUUCUAUCGAUGUGCUGCUGACUCCGUGCUCUGGGGCUUCCCCCUUUCUUCAUUGUGUCUUUCUUGUUGCUUUCUUGUACUUCGAAGUAGAUCUACCUGAAGUGCAUUGUGCAUGAUGCAUGGCUGAGUAACAUUGUGCCGCCCCUCAACACUUUGCACACUGCGCGGCAGCAAUAUGCCUUUUCAGCAUGGGCUGAUUUCCUCA